UGGCACCAUCUCUUUCAACAGGGAUGCACGGCUCCCCUGGGGCCUGGGCAGGAGCUCCUGGUGGUUGGGUGGUGUUGGCAUCUCUUUUACUCUCUCUUGUCUGGUCUUCUACUUCCAGGUACAAAGGCUUCAUCAAGGACUGCCCUAGCGGGCAGUUGGAUGCAGCAGGCUUCCAGAAGAUCUACAAGCAGUUCUUCCCAUUUGGAGACCCCACCAAGUUUGCCACAUUUGUUUUCAACGUCUUUGACGAAAACAAGGACGGACGGAUCGAAUUCUCCGAGUUCAUCCAGGCGCUGUCGGUGACCUCGCGGGGAACCCUGGAUGAGAAGCUGCGGUGGGCCUUCAAGCUCUAUGACUUGGACAACGACGGCUACAUCACCAGGAACGAAAUGCUGGAUAUCGUGGAUGCCAUCUACCAGAUGGUGGGGAACACUGUGGAGCUCCCCGAGGAGGAGAACACCCCCGAGAAGAGGGUGGAUCGGAUCUUUGCCAUGAUGGACAAGAAUGCCGACGGGAAGCUGACGCUGCAGGAGUUUCAGGAAGGGUCCAAGGCGGAUCCCUCCAUCGUGCAGGCACUGUCCCUCUAUGAUGGGCUGGUAUAGUCCAGGGCCCAGAGCUGGAUGCCUGGGAACCAUCGCCUCCUCCCGUGCCAUGAGGCCACCUCAGCCCUGACACCACCCCGUGUGUCCCCCCAGCGUCCCUCCGCAGCCACACACAGCCGGGCCCUUGGACCGCAAGGCCCCGGCUCUCCCCACCCUGCCCUGCACCCACCCACCGCCUGAAGCCACUGACUCCAAUCGCCAGCCACCUCUGCUUGUCCAGAAAAUGAUAAACAAAACGGAAAAGGCUACAGCCCUCUGCAAACCAAGGACACGGCUGCUUGGCGGGCAGCCUCUCGGUUCCUCCUGCUCUCUUGCGUGCGUGCUUUUGUUUUUUAUUUCCAACAGACAUUUUAAAAGAAAAAAUAACAAACUACCUUCUGUCCUAGAAGAUACAGACUGACCGAUGGGGAGAAGGCCUGGGGACCUCAGAGAACUCUGCCUCCGCCUGGGCCCUUGGCAGCCGGGGAGCCCGUGGGGAGCCCAGGGGUGUCUGGGGGGCCUGCCUGAUGGGCGUUAUCUGUCAUCCCAUCCUCAGCAGCAAAGCCACCCAUGUGGCAAGGAUAAUCGAUGGUGAUGAUGGUGAUUUUUUGUGAUAACAGUAUUGUGCUUUUCGUGGGGAAAGUGAGGUUUUUUUUUUACAUACAUAUACAAUGGAUCUCUUUUAUUUAUUGGUUGUUAACUGUUGCUGCUGCCUCGUGUGUCCGAGCUCCCAGGGCUGCGGGGCCUACGUUUACAUGUGCAGCCUCACCCACCUGCCCACACUCGCCUGGGAGGAGGGUGGCCUGCAGCGGCCAAGAAGCCAAAAACAAAAAAAAUUUUUUUUCAA